CGACGAUCAAGCCGAGGGUGGACAUCGUGCGAUUGUGAACGCGGAGAGAACAUUGAUAUCGAUGGAGGAGGUACAUCUGAAGUGGAUGGCAGAGGCCAUGAACAUGGCCCAAGAAGCACUGGACGCUGGUGAAGUCCCCGUGGGCUGUAUAUUCGUCAGAGACAACAAGAUCAUCGCCUCUGCACGAAAUAGAACGAAUGAGCUAAGAAAUGCGACACGCCACGCCGAACUGGAGGCAAUCGACCGCAUCCUAGCAGACAAGACGCUAACCCCAGAAAUUUGCGAGUACCCACUUGAUACGACGACCCUAUACGUGACAGUUGAGCCGUGCAUCAUGUGUGCAUCUGCGCUCCGGCAGCUGGGGAUCAAGGAGGUCUUUUACGGCUGCGGAAACGAUAGGUUUGGUGGUUGCGGGAGCGUGUUGGGGGUGAAUGAGAGUGUACCUCAUCCCAAGCAUCCAGCCUAUCGAGCGCACCCUGGCUAUCUCCGCGAGGAGGCAAUAAUGAUUCUGCGCCGCUUCUACGUGACGGAGAACACCAAUGCCCCCAAUCCUCGAUCCAAGGCCAACCGCGUCCUGAAGACAGACAUCCCGCCUCUCACCAAGGCCGGUAAAAAUGGUGGCACCUCGAGCAAUUCAAGGGCGUGAACCCUCGUCCUUAGCGCAGUUCAUUGACAUUCGGAUUGACUGGCACGGCGGCGCCUAUGGGGAACCUUCUACGCCUUUCUCUCGCAAUACACAAGCUCGCCGAUUCGAAGUAUAGACGCCAACCCAAGCGGUUCACCCUGCAUAGCCACGGACGGCCGACAUGCAACUGCGAUCGUGAUAUGCAGCUACGACC